AUGCGGUCAUCUUCUAUUGUUGCUGUUGCUAUCUCCUUUGGAACCUCUGUUGUUGCUACGGGUGGAUUUCAAGUUAAUGCUUAUGAAUAUGGGUGUGGCAAUGGAUAUGUUGGUCAAAUCGACCUUGACAAUUGGAAUGGUGGUUGGACGCCUUGCGCAUCCUGGGGUCAACCUAAUGCAUGGUAUUUAAAUGUUGCUAAUAACUGGAGUGGAAGUAAUAUCUGCUGUUUUGCUUAUGCAGAUGCUGCCUGCAGCCAGCCGGUUAGUGGUUUAUUUGAUGGCUCUGGAGGAUGUGCUUAUACCAGCGGCAAUGGAGUGCCUUACAUUAUGUGUCACUCAUGUGUUUAA